UUUUAUAAUUAUUUUUCAAAUUCAAAUAAUCCAUUUCCCCCUUAUUAUCAAUCUCUCCUUUGUAUUCUUCCCCAUCCAUUGAUGACGCAAACAAAAGAAGUCAGCAUGCAGCUAUCCAAAGAAAGAUGUUUCAAUAAAGGCUUGAAAGGAUCGAGUUUUGAGGAUGGAGAUUAUCUGGUCUUCAAUUUAGAUUAUAAUGGAGCCAUUUGUAUUGCGAAAGAGCACAAAUCAAGAGCUGACUGUAGUGAAACGAAGAACGAGUUGCCGGAAAAGAGAAAGCUAAGCAAAAAUAUCGAGAUAAAUGAGAAUUGGAUUGAAGAGAUUGAGAUGGCUUUAAUUCAAUCAACUGAGGAUUCAAUUUCCACAAAUGGAAGCUCAAGCAGCCAAUCUUCCUUCUCAUUUCCCAUAUUGAGUUGGAGACCAGUGGACAGUCCUACAAGAAUGCCACCGCCAAUGCCAUUGCCAAAACCAAAGUCAAAGACAAAAUCAAACAAUCCUCUAAAAUUAAGAAGGCAAAAACUCACAAUUCCAAUCCUUUCAUGUUGGAGAUUUUAAAUAUAAAUUUUAAAUAUAUUUGUAAAUGUGUUGGUAUUUCAAACCAGCUAGAGAAUGAACAAUUAACAAAUGUUGGUAAAGGAAGAUCUCUAUUCUAUUAGUACUUUUUCAAAUUAAAGUUAAUGAA